GUGUAUCACAUAACACAAGCCAAAGCCUCCGAUUAGCUGCUUCAUCAGAAGCGUUUAGGGGUUAUUUUUCGAAAUCUGCCCCCCAAAAGUAAACCCUAGCAGAAUAGUUAAGAGAAUAUGAACGAAUAUCUACGCCUGGAUUAUGUCGAACAAACGUAGACGAGGCGUAAGCAGAGUUAAGAAAGCACAUUAUGGAAACGUGACGGAAAAAAGCUUGCAUAAGGGCGGAUUCUGACCAAUCAGAGCGCUCCAUUCCUCCCUGCGUAUGCCUGUGGGCGGAGAUGUUGAUACAGAAAGGACGUCUUGCAUGGUCGACAAGUUUGCCAGGCGUUACAAUUUAUACACAAUGUUUACAAUGUUUAAGCUGUUCCAGGGGCCGAGUUCGUGUUAGGUCUGCGGAAACCAACCGGAAAUACUCGCGCGCUUGCAGUUUUUUUUGCGAACGAGCAGAUUGGGUUGCAUGGGUUUUACCCACGUCUCGUGCGACACCUCACGAAAAUUAGAUAACGGAAAACGGAUUUAUUCCGAGCUUAAUUCCCCGUAAAUGUGUUCACCUCGUCGUUGCUACUAAGCAAGGCAAGAGUUGGGCCGUUUUUCCUGCGUCCUCUGUGGUUACCUGCUCUCCACACAUGCAGCCGCCGCUGGUCAGGAGACCCAACUCAGUGGAUACCUUCAUGGAGCAAGGUUAAGGUCGGACAAACCUUUAACGCUUCCCUACGAAUCCACUGACUAGGUUAAAAAACUACUUCGUCCUCGGAUGUUAGUGGACACUUGAAUAUAUUGCUACCAAAACACGUAGGGGGCGUCUUUUUGUUGUUGUUGUUGUUGUUUCCGGGAAACCCCUUCCCCACUUUCUGACCCCACCGGGGAUAAAUAAAGAAGGCAGGCGACAUGGUGGUCAACACCAUCCACUGGUUCAGGAAGGGACUGCGGCUGCACGACAACCCGUCCCUGAGGGACUCCAUCCGGGAAGCGGACACUCUGCGCUGCAUCUACAUCCUGGACCCCUGGUUCGCAGGGUCCUCCAAUGUGGGCAUCAACAGGUGGAGGUUUUUGUUGCACUGUUUAGAGGACUUGGAUGCAAGCCUUCGCAAACUCAACUCCCGCUUGUUUGUCAUCAGAGGCCAGCCUACAGAUGUCUUCCCUCGUCUUUUUAAGGAAUGGCAGAUCACGCGUUUAUCUUACGAAUAUGACUCUGAGCCGUUUGGCAAGGAACGUGAUGCUGCCAUUCAAAAACUAGCCAACGAGGCGUCAGUAGAGGUCAUGGUGCGGAUUUCACACACCCUCUACGAUCUGGACAAGAUCAUAGAACUAAAUGGUAGUCAGCCUCCUCUUACAUACAAGCGCUUCCAGGCCCUCAUCAACCGUAUGGAUGCUGUGGAGCUGCCUGCAGAGACAAUCACAUCUGAGGUCAUUAAAAAAUGUGCCACACCCAUUGGUGAAGACCACGACGACAAGUUCGGGGUGCCCUCCCUGGAAGAGCUUGGUUUUGAGACAGAGGGCCUGACCACAGCUGUAUGGCCAGGUGGAGAAACGGAAGCCCUCAUGAGGCUUGAGAGGCAUCUGGAGAGGAAGGCAUGGGUGGCAAACUUUGAGCGUCCACGUAUGAACGCAAACUCCCUGCUGGCCAGUCCCACGGGGCUCAGCCCCUACCUGCGCUUUGGAUGUCUCUCCUGUCGGCUCUUCUACUUCAAACUUACUGAUCUGUACAGGAAGGUCAAAAGGAAUAGCACCCCACCACUCUCCUUGUAUGGGCAGCUGUUGUGGAGGGAGUUCUUCUAUACGACUGCCACCAACAACCCCUGCUUUGACAAAAUGGAGGGAAACCCUAUGUGUGUCCAGAUCCCCUGGGACAGAAACCCAGAGGCGCUGGCCAAGUGGGCAGAGGGACGGACGGGCUUUCCCUGGAUAGACGCCAUUAUGACCCAGCUAAGGCAGGAGGGGUGGAUCCAUCAUUUGGCGAGGCAUGCUGUGGCCUGCUUCCUCACCAGGGGAGACCUCUGGAUCAGCUGGGAGGAGGGCAUGAAGGUCUUUGAAGAGUUGCUGUUGGACGCAGACUGGAGUGUAAACGCUGGCAGCUGGAUGUGGCUCUCAUGCAGUUCAUUUUUCCAGCAGUUUUUCCACUGCUACUGCCCCGUGGGAUUUGGACGACGUACAGACCCCAACGGCGACUACAUAAGGCGUUAUUUGCCAGUAUUGAGGGGCUUUCCAGCCAAAUACAUCUAUGAUCCCUGGAAUGCCCCAGAGGAAGUGCAGAAGGCAGCCAAGUGUAUCAUAGGAGUGCACUACCCCAAGCCCAUGGUGAACCAUGCUGAGGCUAGCCGCAUCAACAUAGAGCGAAUGAAGCAAAUUUACCAGCAGCUUUCCUGCUACAGAGGACUGGGUCUGCUUGCAACAGUACCUGCCAAUCCCAACAGUGGGUUAAGUGGCAGUAAUGUUGCAGGAGUCAACAAAGGGACCAGUCAAGUUCCAGGAGGGUCCUCUGAAGAGUUGUCCGUUCAGGAGGGAACGUCUCGAACAGAAAGAGGACAUUCGACGCAGAAACGGCGCCGUGAAGAGGCUCCAUCCGCGAGCAGCUCUAAAUCCUGGAGGCAGAGCAAAUAGUGUGCAAAAGACAGAAUACAAACGGUCCCGCUGUUGGUCUGUAUCCUCUGGUAGCAUUCUCUCCAGCAGUGCCCUCAGCUGACACAGUAAUAAAUGUAGCUAACAACCAUGGAGGAGACAGAAUGGGGGUGUUGGAUUUAGCUGCUACUUUUGGCUGUUUGUCUUAAGGACUCCCCACAGUAGAUGCUAUGUAAUCAGUUAAGAUUGUCAUAAUUUGGAUUUGUUAGUCUGUUAACACGUCUUGGUCUCCAGAUACUGUAAGGCACAUCACACAUCUCAGGAACAAAGGAAAGUCUUGAGAGAAAUUGGUCACAUUUGAGAGAAGAAACCCUCUCACAGCAAGUAAAAAAGGAAAAAAACAAUGAAUCUCUAAAGUCUUCACAUCAGGGUGUUGUGAGGCCACCUGUUGUCUUCCACUACAGUAUGUGUGGCCUCCACAACCUUAAUGUGAAAAUGUUAAAAUCUCAAUCCCAUUUGAGUGAUGGGAAUCAGAAGAUUUGUACAGCUGACAACCUCCACCAAUGUCGGCACACUGACAUAAGAUGACCUGGAUAAAACACUGACAUACUUUACAUUAAAUACCUUGGACAAACACAGUUGUAUCUUUUCUCAAAAACAAGCCCCUAAAUGUUUCAUAUCAAAAAUAUUAAGACACAUUCUCACGAAUGUACAUAAUGUAAGAAUUUUAUUUCAAAGAUUUAGGAUACAAAGGUCUGAUGUACAGUAGGAAGGAAAAUUGGAAGCAAGACUGUUAAGAUUGGCAAUAAAGCAAGCCUUGCAAAGGCUGUCAUAUAUUUUGUAAAUAUUUAUUGUUUUUGAUUUCUAACUUUUGUAUAUUUAGUCUUGGAAUUUCACAACUCCUUUUGUAAAUAACGUCUGACCAAAACUCUAAAGUUCCACAAUGAAUGCAUGUGCUUUUGUCUCCCAUGUGAUGGUAAAUCUAUUAUUUUUGUAUAAAGAAUGACCAAAUUGUAACUGUAUUGAAAUGGCAAUACAUGACAGAAACAAUGUUUUUAUUUUUUUUGUUGUUUUUUUUUUAUUUGCACUAUAAUGCGAAUGUUAUUCCCAUCAGUCUCUUCACAUGAGGAAUUCCAGUAAUUGUGAACAGUAUUUAUAAAAGUGUAAUGAAAUUUGUCUGCAAAUUUUAUGAAUUGUUUGUGUUUUGUAAAUCAUUUGGAAGGGAGGGUGGUCUAAGAGUCUCCUGCUGCCGCUGACUAGGCAGGGAGGGUCCCUCCAUUUUGAGGAAUUUGGGGAAUUCUUUAGAAUUGUGGGAUAUGUUCUCAGCAAGCAACUCAGAGAAACUAUAAUUUAAGUUCUAAAUUUUACAUUUCAAAGCCUGUAUUUUUGUUUGUCCAAUUCACACAAACGUUUGGUGCAUGUAUGGCUGAUCGGACCAUAAGUCUGCCUUGGGUUUUCGGAUUCUAGAUGGAUUGUGGAACAUUUUGUACAUGGGGAGAGGGUCCUCCAUCUCCAUCUUUAAAGGCAUUGUACACCCACGGCCAGUGUCAGAAUGGCCACUGGGCAUACCGGUACAAAUCCUGGUGGGCCAGUGGAUUACAAUUAGAUUGCACCUUUUGGGGUGGGAGAGGUUACAUCUUUAUCGUUCUCAGUGGAAUCCAUAACAUGAGUAUUACACUAGUGCUUUUUUUAAUUACACUAGUGCUUUUUUUAAUUAGUCAUAUUUUAGUUUACCUUUUUUUCCAGUCUGCAAAAAACCUAAAAAGAUCAUCUUCAGCCAGUUUGCAUCUGCAUUUUCCAAACAACCAACAUAUAGGGAAUGGAAUGCAGUGCCUAUAAAAAUGUAUUAACCCCUACACAAACCUUUUUAUGUUUUAUUACCACUAACUAACAAUGAAUUUACACUCUAAUGACAAAGUCUAACAAAUCUCUGCAAGUGAUUUAAAUCAAGUACAAACCAAGAACAGGAGUGAUUGCAUAAAAACUUGCAUACAAGUCACGGUCCGGACCUCAAUCCAAUCCAGAAUUUUGUGGCAAGAUUUGAAAAUUCCUAAUUUUUCAUACAACCUUCCAGAUUAAAAAGCAGACUCGUCUAUCCAGCUGCAGACUCAGGCUGUAGUUUCUCCCAAACCUACCUCUAUAUAUACUGAGUUGUUGGGAGGCGGGGUGGGGAUGCUUAUGCAGUUCUUUAUUCAAUGUUUUAUACUAUUGCUCCAUUUGGAUCCAUGUAUGCAGAUUUGUUUUCACUUUGACACAGAAGAAUCUUUCAGUUAAUCAGUGUCAAAACAGACCAAUACCAGCCACUGAUUCAAAGCUUUUAUACA